CCUAAUUUUUUAGACUGUCAUGUCAGAGAAAUCUUCAGGUGUGACUACUGGACAAGGGAUAGAAGAUCCAAUCCACACACAGACUAAGUCCGCCAUGUUAAACAGGUUACUUGGCAGUGGAACGUAUGUUUCCUAUGAUAUGCGCUGUAUGGUAACAGGCCAGUUCGCGGUCGGAAAAUCGAGUCUUGUCAAGCUCUUAGCUGGUGAUGUCGUCCCAGAAGGAAGACAUCCUACCGAUGGGAUUUCCCUACUAGAAGGUCGCUGUGGCCUUGAUGUGGAGACUAGAAGCUGGAUUUAUAUUGAUCCAGAAACGUAUGACGCUUUAGAUGUGGUUUACAAUAAGGUGUUGAUGACUUCAGUAGAAGAGGACGAAAGAAAAGAAGAAAAAACACCAAAGAAACCACAUUUACCAGAUUCAAACCUUGUUAGAAGUGAUAGUAAAGUGAUGACCGCUGGUCCCUCCCAACAGCCUCUAGCAGCCAAACCUUUGUCACCUCAAGAAUCUGACAGUGUGUCCAAGAGAAUACCAGAGUUAAAGACACACAUGAAAUCGAAAAUGACAAAAGAAGAAAUAAGAAAGAGAAUGGAAAAAGUCCUUAAAAGUGGAAACUACAAGAUGAAAGUAGGAAGACUGAUUUUUUGGGACUUUGGUGGACAGUAUGUUUACUAUACCACACAUCAAACCUUCAUGACGUUCAGAGCUUUGUUUCUUGUGGUUUUUGACGGAAGCAAAGGAUUACAUGAACUAGUUCCAGAUGUUCUGUGUUUUCCAGGGCAGCACAUGACACCAACACCAGCAGUAUUCCUUCAACAUUGGGUUAACUCAAUCCUAACUUAUUGUAAGGUGGUAUAUGUAGGCAUUCCAAAGAUCUUAUUUGUUGCCACCCAUAAAGACAAAAUACCAGUGGAGGAUGUGGAGUCCAGGCGUGAGGAGUUGUACAAUGGAGUAGAGGAAUUGUUUAAGGACCACGAGGGACGAAACCAUCUUGUCCUAACACAACGGAUAUUUGUCAAUGCAAGGGAUAACACAGAUACAGAAAUUGAAGUCCUGAAGAAAGCCAUCACAGAACUUACGUUUGAACAUCCUUGUUGGGGGGAGAAGAUGCCCAACGCUUGUGUUCCCCUUGAACUCGAGAUAGCAGAGCUAGUGGCAGAAGGAAAACAAAUCUUGUCAUUGAAGGAUGUAGAAGAAUUGAAUGCUAUAAGCAAGGUGUCUGUACUGUCCCCUGACCAACUCAAAGAUUUCCUAAAUUUCCACCACUCCUUGGGGAAGAUUGUGUACUUUGAUACUCCACAGCUUAAAGAUUUCGUAAUCAUCAACCCCUUGCUCAUGGUGGAGGUUAUGAGGUCUUUUGUGACAGAUAAAGUAUUUUGGCCAGAGGAAAAGAAAAUUCAUGAAACUUUUAAAAGAAUGUCAAAAUAUGGGACCAUAAGACGGGAAGACCUCUUUCUAAUCUGGGAGCAAAAAGAUUUCAGUGCAAUAUUGCCAUACAAAGAGUUCAUAUUUAACAGCUUGAUUUAUUUAGAUAUCCUAGCAGAGCAACGUAGAUAUGAUACAUCUACAGGAAGUCGGUUACCAGUGGAAAACUUCUUUGUUCCCUGUAUGGUUACAGAGAGAAAUACCACCAACUUCAUGGACAAAGAAUGUACACCAGAGAGAGCUAUAUGCUUAGCGUUUUUAUUUAAAGGCACUAUUAUACCACCAGCCCUACCAAAUCGUCUGAUCAGUGCAUGUCUUAGCAUGUGGACCGUGAAGCAGUAUGAAGGGAGACAACUCCUGUUCUCAGGAUUUAUUGGUUUAUCAUUUGACAAAUCACAUGAUAUCGUUGUAUGCGUUGAGGGCAACAAGAUUCUCCUUUACAUCGUUCACAGAACCUCCUCCGGGUUAAUCGUACCUGAUAUAGCUACAGGUGUUAAAGAAUGCCUGGUUGUAACAAUGGAAAGAAUCUCAGAUUUCUACCACUCCACAGUCCAUGCAAAACGCAGCCAACAAUCGCCAUUUCACAUUGAAUAUUCAUGUUCAAAUUUAAAAUGCUUCAUCAGUGCAGAAGAAGCCAAGCAGACCAAUGGAUGGAUUUGUGACAAACAUAACCAAACACACAAAAGAAGACACUGGCGCAUUUGGAAUCAAGAUCAGACAAAAGAACAGUGUGAAGAGGAAUGUCAAGGGUUAAGUGAUGACGCUUUAAGCAAGACACCAAGUGAUAUUGAACUGUUGCGUUUUUCAAACCACUGCGAAUCAAAUAAAAUGCAUGAAUUAGUUACACAUCUUGGAAUGCUUGGGAUAUGGAAAGAUGUCGAAUACAAUCAUCCUAAAGAUAUACAGGUUGCCAAAUUUUUGCUGUUAUCAAAGUGGAAAGAGAUAAAAGCUAAAUCCAAUUUCAAAACUUUGUCAGAAGCUCUGAUCAACAUGGGUAUAUCGACCCAUGUUUUGUGUCAAGUAAGAAGAAUCAUCAAAGCAGAAACAGAUAUUCCAGCAGAUUACUUGGAUUUCAUUCCAACGGAUGAAAUUCUAGAUAAAUUAGCUCCAUUAAUUGGUCAAGUGUUUUUCCAACUUGGCACUGAAAUUGGACUAUCAAUUCCUGCCCUAGAAAAUAUACAGAGCAACAAUCCUUCUGACUUAGCAGAACAGAAUAGAGUCGUAUUAUUUAAGUGGAGAGAAGACCAACUAAUCAAACCUACAAUACGGGUCCUUAUUCAGGCUUUAGUUAACAUUGGGAGAGGUGCACGUUGUUUAGAAGAAGUUUUAAAGAAUAUUGAUCUGAACACCCUUAUAGUUUCACAACAAUCGAGAGGUAAAGGGGCAAUUCCAAAGAAACCAAAAAUAAAACCAGAACAGGAAUCACAGAGUCAGCGAAAGGUGUCAAAGACAUGUUCAAUAGCUUGAAUAGAAAAUGGUAAACACAAAUGUGCAUUUAAAUAGGGAAAAUAUACUAUAGGCAAAAGAAGUGAAAAAUAUUGUGCAUAAUUUAGCCUCAUUGUUUGAAAGAUAAGCUAUGCUGUUAACCGUUACUUUUGUAUUUCAUUUCUUCGAUGAGCAUUCAACAGAUCAAUCCCCUGUUAAUAUACCCUGCUUUGAAAAAGUGAGUGUUUAUUGUUUGACCUCUGUCUGUCCAUCAAUCAGUCCACCCAACAGUCAAUCUGUCAGUCCAUCAGUCCGAUCGUCCCAUGAAUAUUUUUUGUCACAUCUUUCUCAGGAGCUACAUUUAACACAACAAUUUCUGAAAUUUUGUAGCAGGGUUUAUAAAAGUCAGCGUUACCAUGUGUUGCGUUAUCAGAUUCAUAAUUGAACAAUUUCCCGUUAGCCAAACACUUACAUCAUUGAUCAUCAUUUUACACAUAACAUAAAAA